UCAUCCUUCAUUGUUCCAUUCCUCUUUUCCCUUUAGUCUCCUUUAAUAAAGUAAUUUCCUAAAUUUUAUACUCAAUAAAAUGAGAGAAAUUCUUCAUGUUCAAGCUGGACAAUGUGGUAACCAGAUCGGUGGCAAGUUUUGGGAGGUUGUUUGCGACGAGCACGGUAUCGAUGCAACUGGAAAAUACGUUGGUAACACUCACGUCCAACUAGAAAGGGUGAAUGUGUACUAUAACGAGGCUAGUGGUGGAAGAUAUGUACCUAGAGCGGUCUUGGUAGACCUUGAGCCCGGUACAAUGGACAGUCUACGUACCGGGCCAUAUGGUAACAUAUUUAGGCCCGAUAACUUUAUUUUCGGCCAAAAUGGGGCGGGGAACAAUUGGGCCAAAGGGCACUACACCGAAGGUGCCGAGUUAGUUGAUGCGGUUCUUGACGUUGUUCGUAAAGAAGCCGAAAACUGUGAUUGUUUGCAAGGUUUUCAAGUAUGCCACUCACUUGGAGGGGGGACCGGAUCGGGUAUGGGUACCCUAUUGAUAUCCAAGAUCCGAGAAGAAUAUCCGGAUCGAAUGAUGUUGACUUUUUCGGUUUUCCCUUCACCGAAGGUGUCGGACACGGUUGUUGAGCCUUAUAACGCCACUCUUUCGGUCCACCAACUUGUGGAAAAUGCCGAUGAGUGCAUGGUUCUUGAUAAUGAAGCAUUGUAUGAUAUUUGUUUCCGUACACUCAAGCUCACCAACCCGAGCUUUGGCGACUUAAACCACUUGAUAUCAACUACAAUGAGUGGGGUCACAUGCUGCCUCCGUUUUCCGGGCCAGCUGAACUCCGACCUCCGAAAACUCGCGGUGAACUUAAUCCCCUUCCCCCGUCUCCACUUCUUCAUGGUGGGAUUUGCACCCUUAACCUCCCGAGGAUCACAGCAGUACCGUGCACUAACCAUCCCGGAGCUGACUCAGCAAAUGUGGGACGCGAAGAACAUGAUGUGCGCGGCUGAUCCACGUCACGGCCGUUACCUCACCGCGUCCGCCAUGUUCCGUGGCAAAAUGUCGACCAAAGAAGUUGACGAACAAAUGAUCAACGUACAAAACAAAAACUCUUCUUAUUUCGUGGAGUGGAUCCCUAACAAUGUGAAGUCGAGCGUCUGUGACAUCCCGCCUACGGGACUCUCAAUGUCGUCGACGUUCAUGGGGAAUUCGACAUCGAUUCAGGAAAUGUUCAGGCGGGUUUCGGAGCAGUUUACUGUUAUGUUCAGGAGGAAGGCCUUUUUGCAUUGGUAUACUGGGGAAGGAAUGGAUGAGAUGGAAUUCACUGAGGCUGAAAGUAACAUGAAUGAUUUGGUGUCUGAAUAUCAACAGUAUCAAGAUGCUGUCACUGAUGAAGUUGAAGAGGAUGAUUAUGAUGAAGAAGUGGAAGAAAAUUAAAAAGUCAACAGUUCUCAAAGUCAAAGUCAAAGGUGUGUACUGUGUAGUGAUAUUUUGAAGGGGUUGAUUAUUGAUCUGUGUGUAUUUCAGUAUUCUGUUGUUGGAAUUUGGAUUUGUUAUAUUCCUUUUGUUUUAUUAUUGCCAAUAAAGCAUUCCACUUUUAUCU